AGCGAGUGGUCUUCGUCGCGAAUCUCUUGAGUCAUCCAAGACGAUCCUCGGAUGAGAAGAGUCAUCGUCCGUAGUCUUCCUCGAUCGCCAUUCAUUGUCUGCCCGCCUCGACUCACUUCAAUCCCCCGCUACUGCUCAACGAUGUCUGCAAGUGACGCUACGGCACUGCAGGCCCAGCACGAUGCACUCGGCAACAAGGUGCGCCAGCUCAAGGCAGACAAGGCCCCCGCCGACGAGAUUGCCGCCAACGUGACAGAGCUCAAGGCGCUCAAGGAGAAGAUGGCGUCACUCGGCCUCGGCCCCGCCUCUGCAAAUGGCAGUGGAGGCAAGGCGGGGAAGCAGGGAGGAGAAGGAGGAGGCUCUUCGGCGGCGGCCUCUUCGAGCAAGUACACGCUCAAGACGCCCAAGGGAACCCGGGACUGGGAGCCCCUGUCCAUGUCGCUCCGCACAAAGAUCUUCGACACCAUCACGACAGUGUUCAAGAAGCACGGUGCUGUCACCAUCGACACGCCCGUCUUUGAGCUCAAGGAGAUCCUGUCGGGAAAGUACGGCGAGGACAGCAAGCUCAUCUACGACUUGCAAGACCAGGGCGGCGAGCUCUGCAGCCUGCGAUAUGACCUGACCGUCCCGUUCGCUCGCUUCGUGGCCAUGAAUUCGGCAGAGUACGGAAACAUCAAGAGGUACCAUGUUGCAAAGGUCUACCGAAGAGAUCAGCCGGCAAUGAGCAAGGGCCGCUUCCGAGAAUUCUACCAGUGCGACUUUGACAUCGCCGGCGUUUAUGAUCCCAUGCUGCCCGAUGCCGAGAUCCUGCUGAUUGUCGUCGAGACACUCGAUGCCCUGGGCCUUGAGGGAUUCACUAUCAAGCUCAACCACCGCAAGAUUCUCGACGGCAUCUUUGACGUCUGUGGAGUGCCUUCGGACAAGACGAGGGCCAUCUCGAGCGCAGUUGACAAGCUGGACAAGAGCCCGUGGGAGGAGGUGCGAAGGGAGAUGACCGAGGACAAGGGUCUUGACGGCGGCGUGGCCGACAAGAUUGGUACCUACGUCUCACGAAAAGGUGGGAGGGAGCUCGUCGAAGCGCUCCAGGCCGAUGAGGGUCUUAAAGGACACAAGAAGGCUGUCGAGGGGCUAAACGACAUGGCGCUGCUGUACGAUUACCUCGACAUCUAUGGUGUAAGCGACAAGAUGUCGUUUGACCUGAGCCUGGCUCGAGGCCUCGACUACUACACAGGCAUCAUCUACGAGGCCGUCACGUCUGCCUCGGCCCCGCCGAGCUUCGUCGCUGGAAGCAGCGCCACCGAGGCGGCCACGGCCCCCGCGACGACGGCGCCGUCAAAGUCGGCAAAGAAGGACAAAGCGGCCAAGGACGGCGACGAUGCCUUUGACGAGUCAAAGGUGGGCGUGGGAUCCAUUGCAGCAGGAGGUCGUUACGACAACCUGGUCGGCAUGUUCUCGAACUCCAAAAAGCCCGAUGCGGUGCCAUGUGUGGGCGUCAGCGUUGGUGUGGAGCGCGUCUUUGCCAUCAUGAUGGCCCGGCUCCGCGAGCAGGAGGAGAAGGGCAUCAAGUCAGACGUUCGAGCAAAGGAUGUCGACGUCUUCAUCAUGAGCAUGGGUGGCGACGGUCAGCUCAAGGAGCGGAUGAAGGUGGCCAAGAUGCUGUGGGACGCAGGCGUCAAGACGGAGUUCCUCUACAAAGGCAAGCCCAAGCCUGCACCGCAAUGGACGGCCAUUGAAAAGGCCCAGACACCAUUGGCCGUCAUGAUUGCACCUGACGAAUGGAAGCAGGGAAGCGUCGUCGUCAAGGAACAAAAGGGACGAGAGUCGGAGGAAGGCCAGGGUAAGGGCGAGACUGUAAAGGUGGACGACCUCGUCGCAUACAUCAAGGCCAAGCUGGCUUCCUUUUAGAUGCAAUCAAUGCAGCGCAUUGCAACACUAUACGCACUGGGUGUGAUCACUCGAGUUCCUCUUUUGAAAUUCUUCUGACUUUUCGACGCCUGGCAAUCUGAAAGACUACCUGCU